UUGGACUCUGAUCUGUUAGGUGCUGCUUUCUCCUGCCCCGGAGAACACGAUUCGUCUGAAAAGAUCUCACCGAGUGACUUUGGGCCAGCUUUUCCAACUGCAUACACCCCGUUGAAUUCAUCACGAGGGAGUGCUUUUCGACCUCUUCAGGCUAGCCAGUCCACAAGCCUUGCUACUGGCUCAUCUAUCACUUCUAACGCCGCAGUGAUAACAGGUGGUGGUGGAAUCGUUAGUCGUUCAAAAUCCGGAGGCGAUCAAUCUUGCUUGGCUGUUUCAUCAGUCACAUUGGGUUCUCCGUCUCCUUCGCCUCUUUCCUCCACUACUGCCUCCUCUUCCCUCUCACCCGCCAGUCCUCUCCCGCUGCCGGUCUUUAUAUCACCUCUGGCCCCACCGCCGUUACAAGCUGUAGCUUGCUCCUCUUCUAGUGUAGCCUCUCAGCUACAUUUUCAGUCUAGCCAGUCUAUAAAGCAUCCUCACGUGCUUCUUCCUCCUGACUCAUUGAAACUUGGAUCCUCCAUGGCCUCUUCUGAUGGUCUACAUCCGACUGACCGUGGAAUUUUCGAAUCCACAGAUUACAGAGGCAUGAAAUUGUCUAGCGACUCCCUCCGGGAAAGUGGCCUUGACGGCAGCGCCGACAAUGGCAAAGACGAUCUUGCACAGCUACUCCAUGGGUUUGGAUCUCGGCCGGAGCAAGUUACUACAUUCCAUCUAGUUUGCGGCCUUGUUGGGCCUCGGCUGCCUCGAGGCUGGAGAGACCUGAAUGCAUCCACACCUGCAGCUCGUUCUCAAAUGACUCGGCUCGUCGGUUCGACUGUUGAUGAUUCCGUUAGUUAUCCAUAA